AACUGAUUUAGAUCAAAUUGGUAUAAUCGAAAAACAAAAGUUCCCUGUAAGUUUUGCUUUUGCAAUAAAUGGUUAAUUGAAAUUACUCAAGCGAAUAGAAUUGUUUACCGUUUGAAUCAUUUCGCAUAUUAAUUUCAUGCUCUGCACGAAAUUCUAUAUUGAAGUAUCGCCAAUGCAUAGGUACAUUUCAAUAAGUAUCACUAGCGGUGAAUAGCCUAGAUGGGCAUGUACCUAAUCCCUUAAUUAAUUAGCAGUUAUAUUAUUUUUAACUUGCUAAUAUUAGAAAUGAUAGAAAUGAAGUGCAAAAUUAACAUACUGGUGUUGAUUUAUUUUGCAAUUGCGAGUUAUAGCGCUGUAUGUGCUAAAACAAUACGAUCAAUGGACCAAACCAAGAUACAUGCUCCUAGAGAGUGGAAACUUCGCGAAGGACACAAGUACUGGCGUACAUCAAAAAAUCACAAGCGGGCAGAUAUCAACCUGAUGGCUCGCCAACUGCAUCCCAAGCUUAUGAAAAUGAUCACUUCUGUCAAGAAACCAGAAGAUGGAGGAAGAUAUGAUAAUGCAAAACACAGAGUAAUCAGCAGUCAAAAUAAUAUACGGAAGAACAAACUACGUGAGGGAUACACAAGUUUUCGUCCCGUGGGAGUUCGUAUCUUACCGCGUACCCGUACCAAAUAUAUUGCACGCAAUAAACCGGAGCCCGCUCCCUCCGCAAUGAAGGGCUCUCAAGAUCGGGGCGGGCACAUGUACGGAAAUCUGGACAAUCUUGGAAUAACAUAUGAUAAAACAAACCAAAGGAUAAUGUAUAGUAUUAAUAGAAAAAACAACCCGCUACUUAGAAACAAAAAAACAAAACGACAAUUUUCUUCGGGUGCUCGAAAAAACAAUCUAGAGGAAGCAAUACCUCAAUUUGGAGACGCACAUGAUUUAGAUGAACUUACUUCUGAAAAUAGUUUUCCUUCGGACGACAUUCCAGCAGACCUUAAAUCUGAAAAUUCACUGGACGGUGAACAAGGCGUAGGUCACAAUGAGGUCAGUCGCAACGUGGAGCCGUUUGAAGACACGCCUACGUCAGCUGCAUCGUAUCCUCACACAAAAGAACCGCUUGUUUACGGAAAUCUAGACAAUCUUGGCAUAACAUAUGGAAAAACAAAUCAACGAGUAUUGUAUAGUCAAAGUAGAAGAAACACUAUACUGGAAACCCUACUGAGGCUGUUAGAUCAACCGUCGCAUACCCGAGACCGGAGUCAUAAGAAACCGCUUGUUGUGGUGUUUUAUAGAAAUCCACGCAGAAAAUUAAAAACUAUUAAUCCAUUCCAGCAGUACUAUGCCAACGUAAACCAGAGAGACGAAUCAUCAGACGACUUGGGUUACCUCCCAGGUUUAACCAAUACUCGAAGAACAAACACUAAUGACAGUGAUUCUGAUGACAAUUUUGACACAGCAUCUUCGGAUUUCGAAUUUAACGUCCAAAAUCCUUACACGGUGCACAAAAAUCGAUACCUACAAAAUUACGUUUGGAAUCAUAAGAUUUAUAAAACUAGAUUUAUGACCGGUGAUCACAUAAAUGUUAACCCCUACGCACCUCGGUUCGUUACCUACGGAGCAACUGCACCCGAAUUAUUUUAUUCCAGAAAAUGGUGGUAUUUUAACCAAGACGAUUUUAUACCAUUCGGCUAAAUUACUACUGAUUUAGCGCAAGAGAUUUUGCGGGUCAAGUUGGAUGCCAUCGAAAUUAGUGCUUGUCUGACUUUCUGAUCCUAAUAAAUAAUUAUAGACAGAUA